UUCAGUUUGUUAAACUUGUUUUUUGUAACCUUACAUUUUAAUCGAUUACACUGUUAUGACCAUUUGAUUAAUCUCUCGUCUUAAUUUUUUUCUUGGUUUCUUAAACUAUUUUUUUUCCAUAAACUUUUAAUCUUUUAUUUUCAUUCAAUUAUCUUUCUCACUUGUAAACAUCAUGGAUAGAAGAAUAGCUGAAAGGCUUAUGGAAUUACAAAAUUUAACGGAUCAUCUUACCGCUAAAAGAAAUGAGCUUAUCUCUCAUUAUGAGAACAUUGUUUACCUGACGAAUCGAAUUGACGAACUUCCAAAGACUUCAAGCAUAAGCAUGAUUAAGUUUCAAAAGCAAAAGGAGAUUUUGUUUAACAAUUUGAAUGAGGUUAAGAUGACUUAUCAACAGAAAGGGGAAUAUUGGACAUCUCGAUGUAGAGAUUUAAUAAACUCUACCACAGUUAUGCUACCUGAAGUUCUUGAAAACGUCGAUACAUUUCGAUAUGAACAACAAAUAGCUGGUAAUGGUGCUCCAGUAGAAAAUAAUUUGGAACAAGUACAAUCUUGGUGUGAAACUUUGGGCGGCAUAUGGCUAAAUUUACGACACGAGCUGACAUUGAUGGCUACUUAUUUUCCGCCAUGGGAAGGAGAUUUCAAUAAUAUGAGACGUGAUGUUGACAAUAUGGUUGGACAAUUGGUGAAAAGGACUUUCAUCGUUGAAAAGCAGCCACCUCAAGUUCUCAAAACAAAUACUCGAUUUCCAUCAACAGUUCGAUCUCUAAUUGGCGGUCUACUCAGCUCUAAUACGACAAUUCAUCAUAGUCCCAUCGUUAGAGCCUCGAUUUUGAAUGAAUCGCAGGCUCGAAUGUUAAUGCAAUCCCAGGAUAAUACAUUAGUUGAUUUAACCUCUGGUGCUAUUUUAAAUCGAGAAUCCAACUUACAAUGGCAGCCAACAACAAAGCAAUCUAUUGCCAAUUUUCGAACUCUCAUCUUGAAGAAAAUUAACAGGACGGAAAAAAAAGGAACUGAAUCUGUGACAGAUGAAAAAUUUGCUUUACUUUUCCAAGCAGUAAUCAAAUUAGCUGCCGGUGAGCUUGUUUUCUACGUCAAGACCUUAUCACUGCCUUUGGUUGUUAUUGUUCAUGGUAAUCAAGAAAACCAUGCUUGGGCAACUGUUACUUGGGAUAAUGCAUUCGCAUCACCAGAUCGAACACCUUUUGUUGUACCAGAUAAAGUUCCAUGGGCUAGAGUUGGGCAAGUUUUGAGCACCAAGUUUGGCGCAUUCGUUGGCUGUGAACUUGCCACAGAAGAUUUAAAUUUUCUUGCUGGAAAAGCCUUCAGAGAUUGGAAUUUACCAGAAUGUGAUCAAAUCUAUUUAAGUUGGGCACAAUUUGCAAAAGAACCUUUACCAGAUCGUAACUUUACAUUCUGGGAAUGGUUUUAUUCAAUUUUAAAAUUAACCCGGGAACAUCUGAAGGAUCUGUGGAGACCUGAUAAUAGAUUGAUAUAUGGUUUUAUUGGUCGCAAGCAAACUGAAGAUGCUUUGAUGGAUAAACCGGAUGGAACCUUCCUUCUUCGAUACAGCGAAACUGAACUCGGAUGCAUUACAAUUGCAUAUAAAGCGGAAAAUAGAACCGGGGAUUUAAAAUCUGUUUAUAUGAUUAAACCAUUUAGUCAAAAAGACAUCCAAAUUCGAUCUCUACCAGACCGUAUUAAUGAUCUCAAACAUUUAAAAUAUUUAUACCCAGAGAUACCCAAAGAUCAAGCUUUCGGUAAAUUUUAUGAACCAUUGAGAGAUGUCGAACCAACCGCUGAAGGAUACAUACCACCAGUACUUGUAACUCACAUACCAGAAUGGGCCCCUGGAGGCGGUAUCGAUUCUUAUCCAAGUACACCCCAUUCCAAUAUUAAUACUCAAUCGCCAUCAAUGAAUGAGAUUUACGGAGAUCCACCCAGUUCAGUGGGAAGUUUAUCGAGUGAUGUUCGCUUGAACAGUGUUAUUACACCUGUAAAUUUCAUGCAAACGCACUCAAAUUCCCAUAUGAUCUGUGACUUUAAUAGCUACUUUUAGGUCACCGACUAAUUUUUAUAUUUAGAUGUUUAAACUAAGUUUUAUAAAUGCAUAUCAGUGAACCCUUUCUAUUAAAUUAAUUCUUUUUUUAACAAAUAUACAAUUCAACAGAGGGAUAAAAUUAAACAGCUACCAUUGCUCGUUUCAUUUGAAAACAUUUUAAUCAAAUUGAAACAUCUUUCUACUAAUUCAAUUUAUUCCCUCCAAAUGUUGUUCUAAAAAUAUUUCUUAAUGUUAUUUCAUUGUAAUAUUAACCGCCUAGAAUCAUUUUACUUUUUAACGAAUGAAAGUCUUUUCAUUUAAAAUUGGCACCUUUUUUAUCAGACGUUAUUUUAAAACAAAUGAAAACACUUAUCAGUUUUACCUUCAUUUAUUGACUCAGCUUUAAACUCGAAAAGAUGUAUAAUUGUUAGUUUACAAAGAAAAAUAUAUUUUAUCAAUUACAACCUCGUUCUAUUGAAAGCUAACAAUCACAUUUGGCAGAGUAAGUGGUGAAUCAACACUUGUACAAUUCAAACACAUGAUGUUCCAUAAUGAUGAAUAAAGUUAUUGUUCCCAAUCUUUUCACAAAUUUCCUCUUAAGCCUAUCAAACAAUACAAAAUGAAAUUUUUGUAAACAAAGCGAAAACAAACUCUUCUCGAUUUUCACUCUCUCUCUCUCUCUCUCCUUCUUUCAUAUCAUCUUUUCUCUCUCUUCCCCUCUUUCUUACCUCUCUAUCCUUCCCUUUCUCUCUUCCCUUUCUCUGUCUCUCUUUUGGGCUUUCAGUGUUGGACCAAUGACAUCCUUUCAAGAUGUUGAUUUCUUCAAUAUCAUGGACGAUGUUGAUUAUGAUAUGGACGAUCUUCCUGCUGAUUUAUCUGGAGUUGGUCUUAAUGAGCUUCUUGGCAAUACGAAUGGCUUCAAUUGUUUCGGAACAACUCAGGAGGCCAAACACGAAUAAUUACAACGUUGAGUCCACGAAAGACUGAAACCUGUUUUUUCCUCUUUAUCUUUAUUUUUCUUAGAAAAUCACAAAUGAAUUGAAAAUUGAUUCCAAAUAAUUUAAAAAUUAAUCUCUUCUAGUAGAGCAAAUUAGCUCAACUCUACAAAUCUCUAUACUGUUCUCAAUCUACUUAAACUGAUUCUCCCUUGAAGGAUGUUAAUUAGGAGGAAUUCAUCUUCAUCAUAUUUUCAAUAUAAAAACAUAUUCAUUGUGUAUAGUGAGCAAAACAAUCUAUUUAUGUACAAAAUUAUUAAACCUGAAAAACUGAUUCAACUAAA